CAAUCAAUUGAUCUAAAAAUCAACUGAUCGAAAUGUCAGAAUUGAAAAAAAGAGCAUCGACAACUUGCUCUUUGUUUGUCAACGCGCAACCAAAUUGGCUAAUUAAUACUGGAGGGAUUUUUCGAUGAUGGAAACUUCAGCAUCUUCAAUCCAAGACUCUCUGAUCUUCAAGCAACAUGACCUCAUCACUUGUGACUCCAAACAUGGGGGGAGCAAUGAUCAAACUGAGUGUGAACAACACUCGAACAGUAACUCUCAAAACAAGCAGCAACUGAAGAAAAACCAAAAGAAAUUUGCCUGUAGCUUUUGCAACAAACAAUUCACACGUAGAGGCAAUCUGAAGCAGCAUUUUAGAACUCACACUGGAGAGCAGCCAUUUGUUUGCGAGAUAUGCGGAAGAUCAUUCUCACAAAAGCAGAGUUUAAAACGUCACCAAACUGGUCAUAUUGAAGAAAAACCCUUCGAAUGUGACAUUUGUGGGAAAUUUUUUCCAAACGAACAAAAACUCAAAGGACAUCGAAAGCUUCACACCGACGUAGAAGUUUGGGUUUGUGACAUCUGCGGAAAAUCAUUCGCUCGACAAAGUCGCCUAAAAUGUCAUCAAAGAGUCCAUACUGGUGAAAGACCAUUUCCUUGUGAAAUUUGUGGUAAAUCUUUUGCCUUGAAAAGAAACCUCAAGGACCAUGGAACGAUACAUUCUGGCAACAAACCAUUUGUUUGUGAUAAAUGCGGCAAGGCAUUUUCCCGAAACAACAAAUUACGAGAGCAUCAACUAAUCCACAAUGGAGAGAAGUUAUUUGUUUGUGGAACAUGCGGUAAAUCCUUCAAAGUAAGAUAUUACUUAAGGCGACAUCAUCUCUCAAUACACCCGGAGGAUAAACCUUUUUUUUGUAAAGAGUGUGGCAAAUCAUUUGCAGAAAACUAUAAUCUAAGACUGCAUCAGAAAGUUCAUGAUUCUGCAUUUGACAGGAGAAACUUGUUUGCCCAAUUUUUGUUAACUAUUUCUCCAAGAAAAACAGCCCAAGAACAUGCAGAAUAAUCUUCAUAUGAUUAUCUUUGUGAACAUGUUUUGCUAGUAACAUUACAUGUAACAAACAAUAAUCACCGAAAGUCUACAUCCUGUUAAAACAUGUAGCUGCCUGUAUAUAGUGUAUAAAAUAAAUAAUUUACUGUGCACUUUAUUUUUUUAGAAACUUACAAUGGGUCAUAACUAAUUGCAAGAUUGUUGGCUUCAUUGUAUAGAAACGAAUACAUACCAACUACUCAAGUAAAAUCUGGCAAUGAUCCAAACUUAAAAAUGGUGGCUUUGGGGAAGAAUACAGUAUCAUGAACUUGAAGUUCUUGAAAAUUAAAAAUGUUGUGUCUAGCUUGCCGAGUUUAACGUUUUACAAAAUCCUGCGAAUUAUAUCUGCUUUGCAAAUAAA